UAUAGUUUGCUUUUCACAAAAAUAAACAUAAUAUCAAAACUUCUUUUACUAUUAUGCUUCAAUCUGAAUCAACUAUUAACAAUAAAUAUACCUUAAAUAUACAGUAUAUUGUUUCUUUAGUUUCCACUUCUUUGAAAAAAUAAACAUCAAGUAUUAUUUAUCUUUCAGGAGUUUUAUAAAAGGACCCCCUCCCUUUUUUUUUUUUUUUUUUUUGCCAUUUCAGUGCAUUUCCACCAAAAUAGUAAAAAUUGAUUCAAUUCUUUUUGGAAAUGGGUUGCAGUUUCUAUGUGUAGUUUUGAAAAUGUCUGCAAGUGUCCAUUUCUUUUAAACAGAUAUUUGUUAUCCUCCAUAAUCUGAAAAAAAAAUCAUACCUCAUCCACUAUGGGGAGACUCGGCAUUUGCAUAUAGUAUGCUGAGACCAUAUUUGCCCCAUAGACCACUAGUUUCCCACUCCCAACUCAUCAUUUUUAUUUACCACAUGUUUAAAAAUUUAAAAAAAUAUUAAUGUUUCACAAUACAUAAAAACUAAUACAAGGUAAUAAAUAGCAGAAGCAGGAAAGAAAAAGAAAGAAAGAAAGAAAGAAAGAAAGAAAGAAAGAAAGAAAGAAAGAAAGAAAGAAAGAAAGAAAGAAAGAAAGGAGAAGAUUCCGAUUUCCUUUGCAACAAAUAUUCUUAGCCUUCUUCUAAGCUGAUUGGCAAUUAGGGUGAGCUGAAAAUGAUGACAAAAAGCACUUACUAUCUAUCAACUGUCACAAAGAACAAUGAUAAAAAUUCACACAGAAGAUAAACUGUCCCUUAUUAAAAUUUAAAUGUGACACCGGAGAAGAAGAAUGAGAAUGACUACUUUCUUUUGACUCCCAGCAGCAUGUCAGGGUACAUACCCAGUUAUUUAGACAAGGAUGAGUUAUGUGUUGUUUGUGGUGACAAGGCCACUGGAUAUCACUAUCGUUGUAUCACUUGUGAAGGUUGCAAGGGUUUUUUCCGAAGAACAAUUCAAAAAAAUCUUCAUCCAACUUACUCCUGUAAAUAUGAAGGAAAAUGUGUGAUAGACAAAGUCACAAGAAACCAGUGCCAGGAAUGUCGCUUCAAGAAAUGCAUCUAUGUUGGCAUGGCAACAGAUUUGGUGUUGGAUGACAGCAAACGACUAGCAAAAAGAAAACUGAUUGAAGAAAAUCGGGAGAAAAGACGUCGAGAAGAAUUACAGAAAACAAUAGGAGUGAAACCUGAACCAACUGAUGAAGAAUGGGAGCUUAUUAAAAUUGUUACAGAAGCACAUGUGGCCACAAAUGCACAAGGAAGUCACUGGAAACAGAAGAGGAAAUUUUUGCUGCCAUGUGAAGAUCAAAUUAUACUUCUGAAAGGUUGUUGCAUGGAGAUCAUGUCCCUCAGAGCAGCAGUGCGUUACGACCCAGAAAGUGAGACAUUAACACUAAAUGGAGAAAUGGCAGUAACAAGAGGCCAGUUGAAAAAUGGGGGUCUUGGUGUAGUAUCAGAUGCCAUUUUUGACUUGGGUAUGUCGCUAUCAUCAUUCAACCUUGAUGACACAGAAGUUGCUCUUCUUCAGGCUGUACUGCUGAUGUCUUCAGAUCGCCCAGGUCUUGUCAGCAUUGAAAGAAUAGAAAAGUGUCAAGAAAGCUUCCUCUUGGCAUUUGAACACUAUAUUAAUUACAGAAAGCACCAUAUUGCACACUUUUGGCCAAAACUGCUGAUGAAAGUGACGGACCUACGAAUGAUCGGAGCCUGCCAUGCUAGCCGCUUCCUGCACAUGAAGGUGGAAUGCCCCACAGAACUCUUUCCUCCUUUGUUCCUGGAAGUAUUUGAGGAUUAAAAAGACUGGAAAGAUUCUCAGAGAUUCUAUAGCACUACUGGGUGUAAUUUCAUUCCAUUGCCUAGUUUUUUCUUCUUACUUUUGGUCCAUUCCCAUUUUGUACCACCUUCUUUGGAGGAUAAUUUUUAAUAGGCAUGAAUGAAUGAAGAUAUCCCUUCAAUGCGGGUACUUGUCACAAUUGCAUUUUUUGUGUGUCCAUUACUCCUUUCGAUGUGAAUCCUUCAAGAGUUUAACCUCAAGAAUUUUAAGUUUAUUCACCAGCACUCAGGCGACCCAUGUUUAUAUUGAUUGUUUGGAGUGAUAUGGGUAAAAUAUAAAUAAAUUGAGGAAGCAAGAAAAGGAUAGAUAAAUCCUGCCAUAUUUUAUACAGUAUUAACUUACUUCUAGACAUGAGACUUCUGCUGAGGAAUUCAGAACAAUCUAGCAAGUGUUAAUCUUGCUGAAGAUCAAAUGCAAUCAGUUUGCAGUUAUAUACAACUUGAACUAUAAUUCAGAUAUAUUGAGUUCAUUGCAGUGUUCUCCCAGAUAACCAUGUAGAGGAUUGCAACUUUAGCUAUGUCUAAUUUCACCUUGCCAUGCUUAAAAAUAGAUAGUUUUAUCCAAGUAAAACUUCCCACCAUAAUCAUAAUUUCAUCAUCAUUUUCAGGUUGUUAUGAGUAUUUUAGACAUUCAAUUCCAGGUAAUCCUCAGUUAAUAGCUGCCCUGUUUAGCAAGUGUUCAAUUAUAGAGACACUGAAAAAGUAACUAUGAUUGGUCCUUGCACUUAUGACCAUUGCAGCAUCCCCACGGUUAUGUAAUUGAUAUUUGAGUUCUUUACAAUGAACACAGCAGCCCACAAUCACAUGGUUGCUAUUUGUGUCAGCUUCUAUUAAGCAGAGUUAAUGAAAAAGCCACCAGUAAAAUCACAAGUCGCAGUUGUGUGAUAUCUUGCUUUAAUGACCAUGGGUGAUUUGCUUAGCAGCGUGAGUGACACCUUAAAUCCAGCAGUUAUGUGAUGCUUUGCUUAAUCACCUGAUCCAAAUUGUGGUUGUUUAGUGAGGACUACCUUUGUAAAAAGCUCCAGAAUGCAGCCAGUCCUAUUUUUCCCCCAGGUGAACAUAGCUUCUCAUUUCCUCUUAUUCAGUCCAAAACUAAAAACAAUACAGGAAGAAAUAAGUACAUUUAAAAUUUCCACAGAGCCAAGGCCCUUGAUCUCUUUUCUUCUUUAUGGUAAUUUGGAUACAUUAGAGACAUAGUUAACUAUAUUUCUGCCACUUGCCCAAAAUUAUUUUGAGUUAGUAGCAAGACAUACUACUACUAUUCUUAGUUAUUUUGUGCCCUUGCCUUUUAUAUGUUUUUAAAUAUUCACAUGAUAAUGGCUUUAAGGAUUCCCCCUGGUUCAUCCAUUUUGUCUCUACUAGUGCCUGCAAUUCCUAAACCAUAAAACAUGUGCAAUGAAUUAUUUCCAAUUUAAUACAGAAAGGUUUUCUCUGUCUUUUCCCCCAACUCAACAAAAAUUAAUUCCAGUUAUCUGUAAUAAACCUGUUUUGUAUAGUCAUAUAUCUUUUUUCUACCUGUAUACCCUCACCCUUUCAGUGACUGUAAAUCAGUAACCUGAAUCCGAGGAUUUGUGAAUCUCAUUUUAUAUAGCCAAGAGAUAUGGGCCUUUAACUUUUUGUGAACAAAGUGUCACAUGCUAUGACAUGGAAAUCCGUUUCAAGAAAAAAGAUUUGACAGAAUGUAAAUUGUUAUGGUACGGUCAAGCUUUUGGAUCUUAUUCCAAAUGAAUAGCUAAAAUUCUAGAUUCCAAAUCAUUUUAUCCUCUUUAGUGGUGUUGCACUCAGGUAGACUGUCACUAUGGACAACAUUUGAAUUAUAAUAUUGUUUUCAGACAUCUUCAUUCCAUUGACAACAGAAGUCUUUUCAAUGUAUAUGCACCCAAUAGUCUCCCAUUCAUGACCACAGUUCAGUGCAGGGUUAGGUGUAUUGCAUUUAAGUUAUUUUUAAUGGUUUAAAUACACUUGAUUUACAAUCUACAAAUGGUAGUCCUUGUCAGUAAAUGCCAAACCAUGCAGUAAAACUUUCAGUCUAUAUGAAUUACAGAGAAGAAAUUCUUCUUAAUGGCAGGCUGACUUCAGUGUUUUAGUUUUUACAAAACAAAUAUCAACAUUCCAGAUUGGUUUCUGUAAAACAGUUUUGGUUCUAUAACAACCUAAAUCAAGAUGUCAGUGAAUUUGCCUUAACAAGGAUUGUUUUUCUUCUAGAUGAUAUCUUCUAUGGUAGGGGUCCCCAGUCUGUGGGCUAUGACCCUUUACCAUGGUCUAUUCACAACCAGGCUGUAUGAACAGUGAGCCAGCGCAUGUGUGCAGCCCCACUCACAUGAAUGAGUUGUAUAAGCACUCACAGUCCCACUCACGUCAGUGGUGGACACCAGCACUUGCAGCUCUACGUGCAUGAGUUCCACACAAAUGAAGCUGUGUGUAUGUGCAUGCUUGCACCUGCCCCUCCCCAUGCUGAGCUGCCAACCUGGAAAGGUUGGGGAAUGCUGUUCUAUGGGGCUUCAUGGUUAAGGGUUGAAUCAUGUUCCUUUGAUAAACUAGGUAUGCAUACAGAUUUGGCAUAUAAGGAUAUUGUCAUUGGAGAGAUUUUUAUAGACUAUGCAGUUUCUUAUCUUAUACAAUUUUCUGAUAAUCUAAACAUUUACAUAAUGUCAGAAUUGUCUACUAGCUUGAGAUCUCUAAAAAUGAUUGUCCAAAAACAUAGUUGAAUUGACUUGAAUUGUUUUUCCCAAUAUGAUCAUAUCUUUCUAGCCAAAAUAUCUGUCAAGAAUUUUGGUGGCAAUCAGCCCAUUUGGUAAGAAAACAAAUGAAAAUGUACUAUAUUAUAUGUUCAAUUCUGCCUUCUCAGAAUUUGGAGGUGUCCAGAAGACUGGAUGUUUUCAUAAAAAUAAUGAUAGCAUUGUACUAUUGCAUUGCAAAUUUUAGUUCUUUUCACGCGUGUGCUUUGUCAUAGUAUGUGAACAUAAGAGGUGGAGCUUAUGGUGGAAUACUGCUUUUAUCACAUAACCGCCUUCACAGAAGUUUUUGUUGCAACCUAGUUCCUUUUAGACGCAUUGUGAGUUCAAUUCUCAAAGUUACUAGUCAACAUGCCAGAAUAUCACCAAGUUGCAGAAGUAUAGAGAGGCCCUAGAGAGAGGAUUUAUCAUUUUCUCAUUUUCCUAUGCCAUUUUUAUUUUUAAAUCUCCAUCUCUUUUUUACUGUGCUAUAGAAAAAGUAUGCUGUGCAUAUCUGUUAUUAACUUUAUAGAUAAGAUUAUAUUUUAGCUGCAAACAUAGUAUUUCUAAAAUCUAAGUCUUGCUAUUGAUCUUCCCUGUCCCAAAUAUAAAUAUUUAUAUUAAUGUUUACUUCCAUGUAUACAUGUCAAAGUUCAUGACUAAAAGAAAAGGGGCAUCCAAUAAUGACUAGAGUACCUCACUUAACCUUUGACCUUAAGUCCCCUGGGGAAAUGUUGAGAUUUUCUUCAAAGUAAAGUAAUCAAUAUGGAAUCUAGGGUUAUUUUUCAGAAGAACUCCAAUGUUUUCCUUUGUUGAAGGGGAUAAGGAAAGAAUCUUGGAUCCAACCUGAUACUUCAAAGCUUUUCAAUAAUGUAUUACUAUAAGAAGAGAAUAUCUACUCCCAACCAUUUAUCUUGAUCAGUAAGGAAUCUCCCUAUUACUUUGGAACAGUUCCAGUCUAGAAAACUGUAAUAUGCUAUGUAUAAAACAUAUAACCAGCUAAGAUCACAAUCUAAUGAAUGAUAUGUUUUGAUUUGCAUUAGCUCUUUAUGAUGUAGUAUUCUAAAGCUUAGCCCACAUUUAAACAAAAAUACAUGAAAUUGGCUCAUUUGGUUUUCAAUGUGCUUUGUGCUAUUCAGACUGUAACAAUCCAUUGGCAUGACAAUCUCAGUGAUCAUUCAUCAAAACUCACAAGCUGCAUUUUGAUUUGUAGAAGCUUAAUCUCUCAACAUCAAUGGCUAUCCCAACCCCAAGAUUCCAGUUGCUCUUCUUUUGUCCUGUGUAACUGGGUUCAUGUUAUAAUGGUUUCUAUUUUUAGUCACACCAGAGAAACAUACUAUUUUAAAUUAUUAGAAUCUGAUACCUCAGGUUUCUUUUUGACAAAUAAAGUGGUGCCAAUCCUGCAAGCACUGGUAUAAGAUUUUAAGAUAUAUCUGGCAGCAUCCUCAGCUAUAGCUUCAAAUGAUUAUUGGGAGUGGUAAAUUCUACACCCAUUCUCUGUUGAGAGGUGAUUUGACUAUAAAAGUCUGAAUUUUUGACUAUGCAGCUUUAAUUGUUUAAGAUGUCCCAUGCUGUUCCGGUUUGUUUUCUGCUGUAGGUAUAGUAUCAAGUGGAGCAUUCUACAAAAUAUGUUUUCUCUUUUUAAAAAUAAUUGUUAGCUUAAUGUGUCCUGCUCUAAAUGAUAGAUAUUUAAGCUGCAGUGGAUUUGAUGUUGCAAUUGAGUUCCAUAGUGUUUUUAAAUUGAGAGAGAGAAUAGUGAUGGACUCUACAUGACUUAGCCAUUUUAAAAACAACAGCACUGUGCCAAAAUAUAGGUGUCAGAAUCAGACGCUGAACACUUGUGAUUUAUCUUUGUGUUAAUGUACUGAAGUGAUAUUAAAAAGGCAAUACAAAGUCAAAAGGAAAAUGGUUGAUUGAUGGAAGGAAACCUGACCAUGCAGCUCUAUAGAUCACAGGAUGACCACAUUGUUGUUAGGGAUAUAUUUUGUGCUAUGUAAUCUUAAAAAUGUAGAUAUCAUAUUGAUAUACCACAUAAAUUGUCAGUAACAUCAUUCUUAGGGUUUUUAAAUCUUAAGGCUUUUCAGAUGGAGCCAAUAUUUUUUGAAGGAUUAGGUUUUUAUAACCUCUAUCCUCUGCUGGAAAUUAGAAUCAAAAUCUGUGAGACUCGUUCUUGCUUUAUUAGAAAACAAAUACAGUCCAUAUGAUUU